UGCGAUAGUAUCGAUGCCAAGUAUUUCUUGCCGGCAUGCAAUUCAGAAACAAAAACUGACGAAAUAGCGAGUUUAUAAGUAGCAAAGCGAUUAGCUGGCAAGGAAAACCCCCGGAGAGUCAGGAUGGUGGUGCGUCCGUACAACGAUGAGCUCAAGUACCUGGAGAAGGUGAGCGACCACUGCUGGCGGAUCAAGAAGGGCUUCCAGCCGAACAUGAAUGUGGAGGGGUGCUUCUAUGUGAACAGCCGCCUGGAGCGCCUGAUGCUGGAGGAGCUGAAGAACGCCUGUCGCCCGGGAGCAGUGGGUGGCUUCCUGCCCGGAGUCAAGCAGAUAGCCAAUGUGGCUGCCUUGCCGGGCAUCGUGGGCAGGUCCAUUGGGCUGCCCGACAUUCAUUCCGGCUACGGAUUCGCCAUUGGGAAUAUGGCUGCUUUCGACAUGGAUGAUCCGCUGUCCGUUGUGAGUCCCGGCGGCGUGGGCUUCGACAUCAACUGUGGCGUCCGCCUGCUGCGCACGAAUCUCUACGAGAAGGAUGUGCAGCCCGUGAAGGAGCAACUGGCGCAGUCCCUGUUUGAUCACAUCCCGGUGGGUGUGGGCUCCAAAGGCAUUAUACCCAUGAAUGCCCGCGAUCUGGAGGAGGCCCUGGAAAUGGGCAUGGACUGGUCGCUGAGGGAGGGAUACGUGUGGGCGGAGGACAAGGAGCAUUGCGAGGAGUACGGCCGCAUGCUGAACGCCGAUCCCGCCAAGGUGAGCAUGCGGGCCAAGAAGCGAGGACUGCCCCAGCUGGGUACCCUGGGUGCGGGCAAUCACUACGCCGAGAUCCAGGUGGUGGACGAAAUUUACGACAAGUGGAGCGCCUCCAAGAUGGGCAUCGAGGAGAAGGGCCAGGUGGUGGUGAUGAUUCACUCUGGCAGUCGUGGCUUCGGCCACCAGGUUGCCACCGAUGCCCUGGUCCAGAUGGAGAAGGCCAUGAAGCGGGACAAGAUCGAGACCAAUGACCGGCAGCUGGCCUGUGCCAGGAUAAAUUCGGUGGAAGGACAGGACUACCUUAAGGCCAUGGCUGCGGCUGCCAACUUUGCCUGGGUCAAUCGCAGCUCCAUGACAUUCCUUACCCGCCAGGCGUUUGCCAAGAUGUUCAACACUACUCCAGACGAUCUCGACAUGCAUGUUAUCUAUGACGUCUCGCACAAUAUUGCCAAGGUGGAGAACCACAUAGUAGACGGCAAGGAGCGAAAGUUGCUGGUUCACCGCAAGGGCUCCACGCGCGCCUUCCCGCCACACCAUCCACUGAUCCCAGUGGACUAUCAGCUUACCGGGCAGCCUGUCUUGGUGGGUGGAACCAUGGGCACCUGCAGCUACGUGUUGACCGGAACGGAGCAGGGCAUGCAGGAGACUUUCGGCAGCACCUGCCACGGAGCGGGUCGCGCCCUGUCUCGCGCCAAAUCCCGCCGCAACCUGGACUACAAGGAGGUGCUGGACAAGCUGGAUCAGUUGGGCAUCGCCAUUCGCGUGGCCUCGCCCAAGUUGGUCAUGGAGGAGGCGCCCGAGUCUUACAAGGACGUGACCGAUGUGGUCGACACCUGUCAUGCAGCGGGCAUUAGCAAAAAGUGCAUCAAAAUGCGACCAAUUGCGGUGAUAAAGGGCUGAGUCUAAUUUAUUAUACAUGAUUAAUUAUAAAUAAAGAUUUAUAAGCUAGUCCGAUCGCUGUUAAUAUAGCAAGUGAAUAACGAAUUAAAAUAAGAAAUUCUA